UCAAGCUCCUCUUUACAGAACUAAUCAAGCUCCUCUUUGCAGAACUGAGCAAGCUCCUCUUUGCCUAGCUAGCUAGUGAGAACUAAUGGCGGCAUCUAUGGGCUCCCAGCUGAAGCUACUCGUGUCGCACGGGAAGCAACUGUGGAGCUAUCUUACCUCUUCUCUUAGCAGUUCCAGGAGUGACCCUCCGCAACAGAUUCCUGAUCCCACCGGUGAUCCUCCAGCCGCUCAAGCCGGGGACACUCCCGCCAUUCAGGAGUCUCCACCCGCUCUGGCAGUUUCAGAUCUUGAGCACCUUCCAAGUCCUAACCACAUAGGAGGCCUUGAUGGUGCACUUGAGCCCAAUCUGGCAGGCAACCGGAAGCUUGGCAGUUCCACCAGUUUCCCUCGACACAAAAUUCAUGAUCCUGUUGGUGAUUACUCCUCUCAGAAAGGAUCACGAAGGCUUGCGAUAGGGCAUCCCGAUGGGACUCACCAAGGGCCCAUGCACCGUCGUGGCGCGAGCUUCCCCUAGGGUUUGUUCGGAUGCUUCUCGGCCCAGGCCUUCAUUUAUAUAGAAGACCUUUAGAUAUAUUUUAAGGAAGACAUGUUAUUCCUUCGGCAUCCUGCCGAAGGAGGAAUUCAUUGCCGAACUUUAGCAAUAUCAUCAUCACUAGAUAUGUAGAAAUCUCUCUUUGUAUGUUUUAUAUGUAUAUAAAUUAUC